GGCGAGUCCCAUCUUUUUCGUCACCAACACUCUGCGGAAAGAGAAGAGAAUAUUGUGAAAGUUAAAUCCGUGAAUCCUAAGGAUUUGUAUGGAAUAACACAAACCUGGUAUUACUGAUAACAAGAGGCCUGAAACCAGUGGCUGUUUUCAGACAGCCAAUCAGCAUUCGCAGUUCUACGGCUCUGCCUUCAACCUACAAGGGACUCAUCGGAUGUCGCUCGUUACCAUAAUCGAGAUGUCAUUUCAUGGAUGGACAGUGUUUCCUCAACAGUGUUGUUGAAGAUGGCUGGAGAUUGUGAAUAGUUUGAUGCAAUGUGAUUGGCCAGCACCGUGGCGGACGCUACCCUGACCUGUCUGUCAGAUUGCCACACAGGCCACUGUGCACCACAUAUAUGAUAGAACCAUGCCUGCUGAGGAGCGCUGCACCCAAGAGGCAGAGCAUGGCCAAGCUGAGGCUCUGAACAAGAUGGAGCAGGACUGUGGGAACGGUGCGAGGCAGCAGCCUGUACCUGGCCCCUCCGGUGCUGCUCCCCCCAGACAGGGAUUCUGCAGCUGCUGCCAGGUGCUCUACAGCAGUGUGGAACAGCACAUUCUGAGCCCCAGGCACAGGGAGGUGGUGCGGAGUGCUCGGACUCAUGCAACAUCCAGCAGCCUGAUGGAGAGAUUCCUGCAGGAUGUCAUUCAACACCAUCCGCACCGCUACAAUGACACAAGACCAACUCAUGCUGACCUGCCUUCACUGAGCAGCCCGUUAGAACCACGGGAGGAGCUCUCGGACAUCUACUGUGCACUAGAGGAAGAUGGGGAGACAAUUGGCACCCGAGAGGAAAUGCCCAGCUCUGAUGAGGAGUCCUGCCAGUUGGUGUAUAUGGAGGAUGUUUGCUCUGCUGUGGUGAUGGGCCCAUGGGGAGGAAGGACCUCUCCAGUGCAUCCAGCAAGAAGCAACUCAUCCAGAGAGGUCAGUCCGAAGAGUGGAGUGGACCCCCCUCAUUUACAAAAGGACUCCCCUACCCAGGGCUUCCUGCACAGGACUAGUGCCAGCUGUGCCUUGGCCCCGCACACAUCUACAGAUUCUCCCCUUGUUCAGCCAUGUAGCUCACAGGCCCUGCCCCCCAGUCAGCCCUGUAGCCCACAGGUUCAGUUCCACAGAAAAGCUCACAAGAAGACUGACCGACCUAGAAGCAGGACAAGCUCUUCCAUUACUACCUUACCACCUCCUGCAAAGUGCAGUCAUUCCAAGCAGCCGUUUUUACCCCUGGAGUCCAAAAGCCCAACAGCUUGGUCCUCAGCAAAGGUGCCUUUGAGGAACACUCCAAGAUCACACACUGCCUCCAGUGAAUACUCUGAUGCAGUGGAGAAUGUGAUUGAGGAGGUUAUUGAGAAGUACUGUUAUGGCCGCAGUCCAAAGAAGCAGGAAAGGGAUGAGGACAGCUUCCAUUUGGGCUCCAUCACCAACCCUAAUUUCUCUGACUCGGGGACGAGUGUGGAUUGGGACACACCAGUAUUGGCCGUAUUGGAGGCCUCAAAAGCAGAGGUGAAAGAUGUUGGAUGCCUCAUGGAGGUGCACAUAAACUUGGAGGACCAGAUGUACAAAACGCAGUUGGACUCCGCAUUGAACCUCCUCCCUGAGCCUGAAGAGGGAAAGAAGCCUUCUGCUGCACCAGUGAAAGAGCGUAAGAUUGAGGAAGUGCUCCCCGCGCUACCACAUGUACCUCAGUCUUUCAUUGGAAAGACAUGGUCACAGGUCAUGUAUGAAGAUGACCUUAAAAUUGAAUCAAUGGUGCGCGAGUUCAGGGAAGGGCGCUUCCGGUGCUACUUUGAGAGCGAGUCCCUGGUUAAGUCUGGGAAGAAGGGCAAAAAAGGGAAAAUUUAUAAAGAGCAUGAGGAAUGGGGCUGUGAAGAUGUUAUGCCCUUAAUGGAUCAACCUGAGGAAGACCCUGUUUGCCACAGGGUAUUACAGAGGAGGGCCGGCCGCAGGACCUGGAGACUGGCCUCCCGUUGCCAGGUGGUUAAGGUCAGCCACAGCACCCAGACUAAUCCACUAACCAGCCCUGUCAUUAGGCGGAAAGUCUUGGAGAAGGCCAGUAUGUCCCUCAUAGACUUGGAGCCUCAGCAAGAUGUUGGUCUCGAGAGGACACCGGACAUGAAGACGAGGCUAUGUGCAUUGAAGCUGCCUGAAUCCUACAGCAAGAUCAUGAGCCCAUUACAAGCUAAAACAGUGGUUUACGUCCUUUCCUCCCCUGACUCGGGACAGGGUACCUUGAAACCAGUCACCAUCAAGAGAACCGGAAGGAAACGGAAGUCUUCUGAUAGUGACAGCGCUUUCAAAUACAAGUACAAGAAAACUCCGCUGAAGUACUAUGAUCCCUUGACCAACAGGAUUUUGAAGACCCCACCUAAGGGAGUAGCCGUAGGCAAACCAAAGCCAUUCCCACAUGUCCGGCAGCUGUUCCGCAGUCUUAGUCCUGACAUCAAUAAGGAGAAGCAGUUUGUGGAGCAGAAGGAUACACGGAGCUCCUCCAAGGGCCGGGGAAGCAACAGCAUAGCAGACUUCUGUGCCUCCACAUCAGGCUCAUGUCUGGAGGGUGGUGGCCCCUCUGAGCCUGGUUCCUCUGUUUCCAGCAGGAGGGCGCUCUUUAGUCCCUCUUCCCUCUCCAGCAGCAGCCGUUUCUUGCUGGGUACCCUUACUCCCACCCCGUCCCUUGCGGACAGUGCCAACAGGGGUCUAAGCUCUGAGUCUGAUAAGAGGGUCCAGACCCGGGCCAGAAGGGGUCAAGCCCAAGGCAGGCAGAAUCCACAAACCGAGUCCUUGAAAGAAAAAUCUCUGGGACCAUCAAAAGGACCAGCAUCUCCUUAUAGACCCAGAAAGAUGCCUGCCAGGUUACUGCCUAAGAAGGGGCAGACUCGGUCAGACUUCCCCAUGAAGCCCUGCAGUUCCAGCAGGGCCCGGUCGUCCAGGCUCACAGACCAUGGAAAGGCUCUCCCUGUGGACUUCCUCUCUGGAGGAAAGACCAGGGGUGCCCAUCAGCGCAGGGAAGCCCCACAGAGAGAUACAGGGAAGAAAAACCAGAGCCAGCUCAGAACCAGAGGUUCUGUCAAGUCCUCCUCCAAAGCACCAGUGAUCCAGAAGCAGAGCUGUACAGCAUUACGAACUUCAAGCAGACACCCAGCUGCCCCACUAAUGACCCGAACUCUUAGAAAGAAGGUGAAAAGAUAGGGCCCUUGCAUCACAGGCCAGAUGCUCUCACCUGUACCCAUAUUCUCCUAUGGGGAAUUAUAGUGUAGUGUACCCUGCAGUGUACUGUGGAAUCACUAGCUGCUCAAUUCUCCUUAGUCCUUAUCAGACCAGUUUGGGGUAAAGGGGCAUAGUCAUGGUCAAAGACAGGGUUCGGAGGGUAGUUUGCCAUCAAAGUACAGAAAUUGGCGGUCAUCUUUCAAUGGGAGUAUGACAUUGUAUGGGAGAGAUAUAGUGGACAAGCAAAGCAGCCGUCUGAGUCUUUGCUACAAAACUAGGCAUGAAUUCAGCCAAGCUUUUGGCCCAGCCUGGCUGGCCCGUGGACAUGCAGCUAAUGGCAUUCAGUCCUGUUAUAGCUGUCCAAAGGGAGGAGAGAGAGAGAGUAUGGAAUUCUUUAUUUUUCUCUCUUUAAAGCUGUACAAUUUUGCACAGAAUUUGACUCCAGUGAAAACUAUAGUUUAUACUGUAGUUUUUAUUCCCAUUGAUUUUCUUUUUACAAGCAAUUGUGCUAUUUUUUUAUGUUUAUAAGGAAUAUUUUUUUCUCCAAGGUUUGUCUAUUAAAUUAUUGUCUGUGAAUUAAAGUUUUUCAUGACUAGUAUUAAAA